GUGGAACCUGCCUGCAGCUGAAGCUGAGCUCGGAGCCCGUGGCACUCGUGCGCUUCGCCCGCGAUGGCAGGUCGAGGUGGAGCCGCUCGACCGAACGGGCCGGCUGCCGGGAACAAAAUCUGCCAGUUUAAGCUCGUUCUCUUGGGCGAGUCGGCCGUGGGGAAGUCCAGCCUCGUUCUGCGCUUCGUCAAGGGCCAGUUCCACGAGUACCAGGAGAGCACCAUUGGAGCCGCUUUCCUAACGCAGACCGUGUGCCUGGAUGACACGACGGUGAAGUUUGAGAUAUGGGACACGGCGGGCCAGGAGCGGUACCACAGCCUGGCGCCCAUGUACUACCGAGGCGCCCAGGCCGCCAUCGUCGUCUACGACAUCACCAACACAGACACGUUUGUACGGGCCAAGAACUGGGUGAAAGAGUUGCAGAGACAGGCUAGCCCCAAUAUUGUAAUUGCACUAGCAGGCAACAAGGCAGAUCUUGCUGCCAAGAGAGCUGUGGACUUUCAGGAUGCACAAACGUAUGCAGAUGACAACAGCUUGCUGUUCAUGGAGACAUCGGCCAAGACAGCAAUGAAUGUGAAUGAAAUCUUCAUGGCGAUAGCCAAGAAACUGCCAAAAAAUGAACCCCAGAACGCUGCUGGUGGCCCAGGUAGGAAUCGGGUUGUUGACCUUCAAGAAAGCAGUCAGCCUAGUAGGAGCCAGUGCUGCAGCAAUUGAGCAACCGUUCCCACCUGGCCGGAGCCCUUUGGAAUGACGUGACUGGAAUCCACUCUAACCAAUCGCACUUACAGUAGAGCAGCCGCUGCCGGCGGCUGCUGUGAUUUCUCCAUCCCUUUCUGAUCAUAGGCUGGAGGGAGCUCUUCCACCUGCACCUUUCUGUACAAAUACUAAUUCAAUUCUAAGUCUUAAGUCACUUUUUUUAAUAUAUGAACUUCUGCUCUUCCCUCUUCGUGGUGGUGGUGGCUGCGUGAGCCGGUGUCGGCCUCACCGGCUCGGCCCGGUCCGCGGGCGAGGGCCAGCAGCACCCGGGCCCACAGUACUGUAGUUCACUAUUGGAAACAAAGGGAGAUCGAGACUAGACAGAACCUUGGUUAAAAUUAUCCACGUGUAAAGCUAAGGCUAAAACCAGUACCAUAUGCCUAGGAAAACCACUAAACUGUAGCAUUAGAGUGACAAACUUUGGCAUUUAGCCACUUAUUGACCAAAUCGAUGAUGAGUAUUUUGGGGUGGGGCAGAGGGAAGCAAAACUGGUUUCUUUCUGUAUUUUGUAUUGUAUGUUUCUUCAUGUAACCAAUCAGUAUCUUGUCAAUAUAGUACAUACAACUAGCCGCCUAUUGUCUUUCUUUGUGUUGGACUCUAGCAUGACAACGUUUUUCUAUCUCCAGUUCUGUCGUAAUGCACUAAUCCUGUUGCAACUUUUGCAGAGAUCUUGUAUAGAGAAAUGUCCUUUUUUUUGGAUGGUUGUGAUGCCACUAAUGUUAGCCCUACUCUAGUGCAAGUACACUUGGUUUACUGAUGUACGGAGGUGGGGUGGGGCACCUUGAGUAACUUGUCUGGAAACUAUGUGUUACAAAAGCCUGUAAUUCCACAAGGUAUGAGGGAAGGUAUUAAAAUGGUUUCUGUUGCCAGACUAACUGAUGUUGGCUGCUGCCUAGUGCCUAAUGCAGUGUCUUAUGCAUACUGGUAUUUUAGAGGAACUGUCAGCCUAGUCUUCAUCACAAGCUCCAAUUUUGUGUGAUUAAAAAGGAGAAAAAAACAAUUUUUAUAAACCCACCAUGCUCAGCACUGUUCCUGUUUCUUAAAGA